CUGAAUAUUGACUACCAACAGGGACCCUUGUCGGAAGCAGCAAAGAGGGAGACAUUUAAGGACCCAGAAGGCAAGCAUAACAACGCGAACAGGAGGAUUUCAUCAAAUUGCACUGCUGAACUCCAGUUGUUGACGGAAGAACAAUGGCAGGCCGGAGGGGAGGUAAAACGUUGAAGAGAUCUUCCGUCCCCGGGGUGACCAUCACACAGUUUGUGGAAGAUAUUCCUAAAGGGUGCGACACUCCUGACUUUGAACGGAAACCAAUUACCUUAACGCUACAGGAAGGUAAAAAUGCCAUUUUCAGAGCUGUGGUCAAGGGUGAACCAAAGCCAGAGGUGUUGUGGAAACGCAAUAAUAAGGAAAUGGAUGAUCCACAGAAAUACCAGAUGUCCUUCACUCCUGGCAAAAAUGAAUUCGUCUUGCAAGUAAACAAAAUCACAGCAGAUGAUGCUGAUAUUUACCGUUGCACUGCUGUGAAUGAGUAUGGAGAAGCCACAUGUACUGCUGGUCUCAAGAUCAUACAGGUUGGCUUCAAGAAGAAAACGAAGGAGGUCUCUUCUGUAUCACAGGCAGACCUCAAGAAGGAGAUUCAAGACUUCAGAAAAACAUUAAAGAAACGAGCACCUUCAGCUGCUCAAAAGAAGGAAAUCAGUAUGGAACAGGUCUGGCAGUUACUUCUGAAUGCAGAUAGAAAAGAUUAUGAGAAGAUCUGCUUGAAGUACGGCAUCGUUGACUUCCGUGGGAUGCUGAGGAAGCUUCAGGAGAUGAAGAAGGAACGUGAAGACAAACAGGCACAGUAUGUGACCAGUAUCACAAACCUGAGGCACGUCAGAGUCAAUCAGGAGCAAAGAAAUGCUUCGUUUGAUCUAGAGCUGGACCUGAAAAAUCCUGAGAGCAGAAUUUAUCUGUACAAGGAUGGCCAGAUGAUCAAUUUUGGAUUUGACAGUGACAACAUAAAGCAUUGCCUGCGGCAGGUUGGCAGAAAAUAUAAUUUUAUCAUCAACGAUGUACAGCUUGAAGAUGCUGGCGUAUACCAGAUCAAAGUAGAAGAUGUAGAUAUCUUCUCAACUGAGCUGGAAGCGGAAUCCAUUCCAGUAAGUUUUCGCUAUCCACUUGGUGAUCUGAGAUGCCACGAGCAAGGAAAUGCUGUCUUUCAGUGCACCCUCUUUGAGGCCUGCUUCAAUGCUGUGUGGUUUCACAAAAAAGGUCGUCUAGAGCCAAAUGACAAGUAUGAAAUCGCAGUCUCGAAAGAUGGUCUAACUCACCGUCUAGUCAUCAAAAACGCCCAGCCCUCUGACAAAGGGACUUACACCAUUGACAUUGGAAGCCGUUCUUCGAGUGCCUGGCUUGAGGUUGAACCUGGUAAAGGAAAGCGGAAACAGACUGAAGGAGAUCAUGAUGAUAAAGCUGGACAGCAGAGCAAACUGUUAGAUGAAGAUGGUGCUAAGAAAUUUCGUCAGGGAGUUGGCCCUGAAGAUCAAAAACAUUUUGGCAUGGGCAAAGAUGACCAGUACAGAAAUGGCCAAGAUGGCAGUGGAGAAUUUUAUGACUCCUUGGGAAAAGAUGGUUCUUUGGGAAGAGAUAGUAAGAUGAAACAGUUUUCAGGAGCUGGGGUAGACAUGGCAGAGGGGGAUCAGUUUGCUGAAGGUAACAGUAGAGGUAUGGGACGAGGUCAGAAUUCUAUGCUAGGUGGAAAUGCUGUUUGUGGAGAAACAGGUGGUUUGGCUAGUAAAGAUGCACUCUAUGAUAAAGAUACUUUGUUAGGUGCCAUUGGUACUGGCACCGGAUCUGGAGGUGCAGGCGGACUGCAAACUUCAGAGGGGCAAGGAUCCACACUUAAUGUGGCAGGUCCUGGUGACAGAUUCAGCAGAGCACAUGGUGGUGCUGGAGUUGGAAUUGGUAUACCAGGAGGGACAGAAGGACAUUAUGGCAAUAGGGGUGUCCUAAGUGGGCCUGGAGCCAGUCUUGAUGAAGGUCUUUAUAGUAAGGAUGGUGGUCAAGGUGGUGCAAGUGGGACUAGAGUUGGAUUUGGCAGUACAGGAGCUCUUUAUGGCAGGGAUGGUAAACUAGUUGUAGUUGGUACUAGUGGUGCAAGGGGAAGAGGUGGACUCUAUGAUGAAGAUGGUAAGCCCAGUGGAGUUGGUAUCACUGGAGGUGGUGCAGGGCUUGAAGGGGGAAUUUAUGGCAGAGAUGGUACUGUCAAUGGUUCUAUUGCUGGUAGGCAUGGGGCUGGGUUUGAUGAUGUAGGAAGUCUCUAUGGCAGAGAUGGUUUGCCACUAGGAGCAAGCACUGGUGGAUCUGGUGGGGUUGGGAGAGUAGAUGACAUUUAUGCCAAGGGUGGAAAGAUAGCUGGUGCUGAUGCAUCUACUACAGGAUAUCUUUACAGCAAAGAUGGAAUGACAGGUGGAAUAGGCACUAGUGGAUUUGGUGCUGCUGCUGGAGUAGGUGGGCUCUAUGGCAAGGAUGGUGUAUUACAUGGUGCUGAUGGACCUGGUGGUGCUGGAGGCACUAGUGGACUCUAUGGCAAGGAUGGCAUGCCUGGUGGAGCAGGCACUGGCGGACCUGGUGAUGCCGGGGACAUUGGUGGACUCUAUGGCAUGCAAGGUGGCGCAGGCUCUGGUGGACUCUAUGGCAAGGAUAGCAUGCCAGGUGGAGCAGGCACUGGUGGACCUGGUGGUGCUGGGGGCAUUGGUGGACUUUAUGGCAUGCAAGGUGGAGCAGGCACUGGUGGAACUGGUGGUGCUGGGGGUACUGGUGGACUUUAUGGCAUGCCAGGUGGAGCAGGCAUUGGUGGACCUGGUGGUGCUGGGGGCAUUGGUGGACUUUAUGGCAUGCCAGGUCAUGCAGGCACUGGUGGACACUAUGGCAAAGAUGGCAUGCCAGGUGGAGCAGGCAUGUCAGGUGGAGCAGGCACUGGUGGACCUGGUGGUACUGGGGGCAUUAAUGGACUCUAUGGUAAGGAUGGCAUGCCAGGUGGAACAGGCCCUGGUGGUCAUGGUGGUGCUGGGGGCAUGGGUGGACUUCAUGGCAUGGUAGGUGCAGCAGGCACUGGUGGAUUCUAUGGCAAGGAUGGCAUGCUUGGUGGAGCAGGCACUGGUGGACCGAGUGGAACCGGGGGCACUGGUGGACUUUAUGGCAUGCCAGGUGGAGCAGGCACUGGUGGAUUCUAUGGCAAGGACAGCAUGCCCGGUGGAGCAGGCAUUGGUGGACCUGGUGGUGCCGGGGGCAUGGGUGGACUUUAUGGCAUGCAAGGUGGAGCAGGCACUGGUGGACCUGGUGGUGCCGGGGGCAUGGGUGGAGUUUAUGGCAUGCAAGGUGGAGCAGGCAGUAGUGGACCUGGUAGUGCCGGGGGCAUGAGUGGACUUUAUGGCAUGCAAGGAGGAGCAGGCACUAGUGGACCUGGUGGUGCCGGGGGCAUGGGUGGUCUUUAUGGCAUGCAAGGAGGAGCAGGCACUAGUGGGCCUGGUGGUGCUGGGGGCAUGGAUGGACUUUAUGGCAUGCAAGGUAGAGCAGGCACUGGUGGACCUGGUGGUGAUGGGGGCAUUGCUGGACUCUAUGGUAAGGAUGGCAUGCCUGGUGGAGCAGGCACUGGUGGUGAUGGGGGCAUUGGUGGACUCUAUGGUAAGGAUGGCAUGCCUGGUGGAGCAGGCACUGGUGGUGUUUAUGGAAUGCAAGGUGGAGCAGGCACUGGUGGACCUGGUGGUGCCGGGGGCAUGGGUGGACUUUAUGGAAUGCAAGGUGGAGCAGGCACUGGUGGACCUGGUGGUGCUGGAGGCAUUGGUGGAAUUUGUGGAAAAGAUGGAAUGCCAGGUGGACCAGGCACUGGCAGACAUGGUGUUGGGGGUGUAGGUGGAAUCUAUGGUAAGGAUGGUAUGCUAGGUGGGGCUGGUGGACCUGGUAGUGGUGAAGGCAUUGAGGAACACUGCGGAAAAUAUGGAAUGCCAGGUGGAGCAGACACUGGUGGACCUGGUGGUGCUGGUGGAGUCAAUUAUCUCAGUGGCACGGAUAGUUUGCUAGGUGGAGGUGGGGCUGGUGGAUCUGGUGUUGCACAGGGCAUAGGUGGAUUUUAUAGCAAGGACGGCAUGCCUGGUAGUGUUGGAGGACCUGGUGAUACUGGAGGAGUAGGUGGACUGUAUAGCAAAAAUUGUGUAUUACCUGGACUUGCUGCUGGUGGAGCUGGUCAUGCUGGGGGCACUGGUGGACUCUAUAGCAAGGAUAGCAUCCCAAGUGGAGCAGACUCUGGUGGUGCUGGGGGUAUUGGUGGACUCUAUGCCAAGGAUGGCAUGCCAAGUGGAGCUAGUACUGCUAGGGCUGGUGGUGUUACAGGAGAAGGAGGACUUUAUGGAAAGGAUGGUAUGCUAAGUGGAGCUGGUGGUGCUGGGGGAGAAACUGGUCUCUGUGGAAAGAAUGGCAUUGGAGGAGACAUUGGUGAACAUGGUGGUAUUGGAAGAGUAGGUGGAUUCCAUGACAAGGAUGGUGUGGUAGGUGGAGGUGGUGCUGCUGGACUUGGUGGUGUUAGGGUAGAAGGAGGUCUCUAUGGCAAGGCUGGGACACUAGGUGGAGCUGAUGCUGGUGGUCCUGGGAGUGCUGGAGGCAUUGCUGGACUCUAUAGCAAGGAUGGAAUGCCAGCUGGCACAGGCAUUGUUAGACCUGGUAAUGUUAGGGGAGAAGGUGGAUUCUAUAGUAAGGAUGGUGUUCUAGGGGAUGCUGAUGGACCUAGUGGUGCUGGGGGCAUUGGUGGACUCUAUGGCAAGGAAGGUAUGGCAUGUGGAGCAGGCACUGGUGGUUCUGGUGGUGUCAGGGGCCUUGGUGGACGCUAUGGCAAGGAAGGCAUGGCAGGUGAAGCAGGCACUGGUGGACCUGGUGUUGCUAGGGGCAUUGGUGGAAUCUAUGGAAAAGAUGGAAUGCCAGGUGGAGCAGGCACUGGUGGUCAAGGUGGUAUUGGGGGAGUAGGUGGACUGUAUGGCAAAGAUGAUGUACUAGGUGGAUCCACUGCUGGUGGACCUGGUGGUGCUGGGGGCAUUAAUGGACUCUAUGGCAAGGAUUGCAUGCCAGGUGGAGCAAGCUCUGGUGGUCAUGGUGGUGCUGGGGGCAUUCAUGGACUCUAUGGCAAGGAUGGCAUGCUAGGUGGAGCAGGCUCUGGGAGACUUGGUGGUGCUGGGGACAUUGGUGGACUCUAUGGGAAAGGUAGUAGGCCAGGUGAAAUUGAUGCUGGUGGAACUGGACUUGGUGAUGAAGGAGGACUGGGUUAUCUCUAUGACAGGGAUGGUAAGCUAGGUAGAGUUGGUAUUGGUAGAGGAGCUAGAGGUUUUGAUGGAUCACUGUAUGAGAAAAUGUCUGAUAUUCCUGGAGAAGAGUUUCUUGGCUCCGGUCAGUCUUCUGGCCUGUAUGAUUCUGGAUCCCUUUCUGGUGACAGAAAAAGACAGCUGACUGGCCUAGAUGCCAGUGGACUUACUUCAGCUGAUAUCUCAAGGAACAGGGGCAGGAAAGGAAGAGAAGGGAGUCUGCUUGAAGAUGACAUGAGAGAACCACAUUGCCAUUUUAACCAAGGUUUAUUUGACAUCCAUGCUCAGAAGGGAAGAUCAGCUGUGUUAUCAUGCAUCCUCAACAAUGACCAGCUUGAGGGAACCUGGUUUAAAGAUGGCUUCAAGAUCACUGGCCUGGAUGGAGUCUCCGUUGAGAAGGACGGCCCAGUCCACAAUCUGAUAAUAGAUGAAGUACAAGAUAGUCAUGCUGGAAAAUACAAAUUUGAAGCCGAAGGUGUCCGAACAGAGGCAUCCAUAUUUGUUGAAGACCCUCCAAAUGUUGACCCAGCUCUUCUGGAAAAACUGAGGAAGGAGCCUAUAGUGGUAAAGGCAGGGAAGAAUGCCAUGAUCAAGAUCCCAUUUGAAGGCCGGAAGCCAAUCAGAGCAACUUGGCUAAAGGAUGAGGGUGAACUUCUGGAUGAUGCCAGGAUCAACACUGACUAUUCCGACAACUUUACCCGCCUCUCCAUAUCCAGCACCAACCGGAAAGAUUGUGGGGAUUAUAAAGUGAAACUGAGAAAUGAGAGUGGGAACCUUGAAGCUACUCUCAAACUGGUAGUGAUAGAUAAGCCACAGCCACCAGUGGGACCCAUAGAAGUUGUAGACUGCUCCACAAGUGGCAUAACUAUUCAGUGGAAGCCUCCCAAAGAUGAUGGCGGUAAGCCGGUCCAGCGUUAUAUUAUCGAGAGGCAGCAGGUUGGCAGAAAGACAUGGCUGACAUUGGGAGAAACCAGAGGAAGCUGCACUAUUUUCACAACCAACAAAGUAGAACAUGACAAAAGCUACUACUUCAGGGUGAAAGCAGUGAAUGCUGAGGGUACCAGUGAAGUACUUGAGUCUGAUGAGGUGAUGGCUGCUACCAAAGCUUUUCCUGGUCCUCCUGCUCCCCCUAAAAUAGUCAGUGCCAAGCUGGGUACUGUGACACUGUCAUGGGUAGCACCGCAUAAAACAGGCAACUCCCGGAUCUUGGGCUACACAAUUGAGAAAUGCAAGAAGGGCAGUAACACCUGGACACCUGUGACUGACUUACCCAUAACAGACAAGAAGUACACAGUGACUGAUCUGAAGGAGGGGAUGCAGUAUGAAUUCCGUGUGGCUGCAGUCAAUGCUGCAGGCGCGGGUGAAGCUAGUGCACCUUCAGAUGCUGUUUUUGCUCGAGAUCCCAUGAAACCCCCAGGUCCAGUGAGGGAUCUUAAAGUGGUCAACACUGACUACUGCAGCGUCUCAUUAUCAUGGAUGAAACCAGAGGUAGAGGAAGAGAAUCAUACCAAGGGUUAUGUGGUGGAGAUGCGCCACUCUGACAUCCUGAAGUGGACCCAAUGCAAUGCCCUCCCAAUACCAAUGACUACAUAUAUAGUAAGAGGGCUCAAAUCCAGAGAGAUGUACUUCCUACGCGUGAGAGCAAUUAAUGAAGGGGGGUUUGGUGAGCCUGUCGAACUAGACACUUGUGUCCAAGCUGUACCUCCUACUGUUCAUCCCAGGCUCUUAGUAAAGGACACUGUCAAAAGCUUUAUGAUUGUGAAAGCAGGGAAUACCAUGCGAGUGUGCAUUCCCUUUGAAGCUUCCCCACCUCCUGAGGUGCUUUGGCUAAAAAAUGGGCUAGCUCUGCCUGCAAAGGCUACAGUUGCUACCAGAGAAGGCCUGAGCCAACUCAUCAUACCAGGGGCUGAUUUUUCUGACAGCGGGCAUUAUGCCAUCGUCCUCCGAACUGAGCAUGGGCAUAAAGAGACGUUCAGCUUCCUAGUCCAAGUACUAGAUGUCCCAGAAGCUCCUGGUCCUAUACAGCUUGUUGAGAAGGUCCCUGAAACAGUGACUCUGGUAUGGGAACCAUCCCCAUCAGAGAAGAGGGAGAAUACCCUAAACUAUAUGGUCAUGAGGCGUGACUCCAGCAAAGGAUCGUGGCAAAUGGUGGCUGACCUGAUCUACACCAACAAGUGCACUGUUGCAAAUUUUGUCCCAGGCCGGGAAUAUUUCUUCAGAGUGCUGGCAAAAAACUACAUGGGAAUCAGCGAGCCUUCUGAAACUGUGCAGCCCUGGAGCAUUCAAAAGGAAAGGGGUAAAUUUGAGGUCAGACUUCCACGAUACAAGGGGAUCAACCAAGCUCAGCCUCCAAGAUUUCUUGUCCAACUUAAACCACAUGUAGUGACUUUAGGAUUUGAUUGUCACAUGAGUUGUGCCGUGACUGGAUAUCCGGCACCUCAGGUAACCUGGUACAAGGAUGGUAAGAAUCUCUCUAUGGAUUACAGCUUCUUCAGCAAAAAUGACUUUGGGGUCUGCUCACUUGUGAUCCCAGGAGUCACACCAUCAGAUGGAGGCCAGUACAAGGUGGUGGCCAUCAAUGAACUGGGCAAAGCCAUCAGCAAAGCUGAAGUCACCGUAAAAGAACCUACUUUUUAGCGUGCUCUGCACUGUACCCGCUUUGCACAGUCUCCAAGUGUGAUGUUUUCCUGUAGAACUGAAGCUUUUUCUUCAGAUGUCAACAGGAUCUGUCCAGUGCAUCAACCACGAUCAAAACAGCAGCUAUUCUUUUUCUACAAUUUUCCGUAAUAGGAAAGCCUUUUGAAAACAUGCAUGCAAUUUCCCCCUAUAGUCCUUCAAAGAUCAGAAUCCCAGUAUUCUUAUCGUAGACCUGAAUGGAAACAUCAUAACUUGAAUGGAAAGAGAGAGCUACA